GGGCUCGUCUGUCCGGGCCGGGGGCGGGACUCGAUGUUUCCUUCCUUCAUGGUCGGGGGUGGAAGAUGGCGGCCGCUGGCUCUGCUGCGGCGGCCUGUGAGGUUGCCUAGCUUCGCCACCUCCGCCCUCCCCCGGAGAAGAGCCAUGCGGCCUGUGGGCGAAGAGCAGGGAGGAGGCGGAGAAGAAGGCGGGUGAAGAGGGGAGGCGGAGCAGCAGGAGGAGGAGGCGGGCGGAGCCGCCGCCCGGGAGCCACGGAGCGGUGCAGAGUAACUGAAAGCUGAAGUGAAGAUGUCCCAAGUUCAUCCUGUAAGGAUGUAAGUCACUGUGGCCUCCCAAGAAAAGUCAGAACAACUAUCAACAGCAGCACAGAAUGGAUCUAGAGGUGGUCUGGCAGUCAGACAGUGACACCCAGGAUUCAGCAGAAGAGCGUUCUGAUGACACAAGCCUGAGCUCUAAAAGGGAGAGUCAUAAAUGCAGCCUCCAGCUACAAGAACAAGAAAAUUCUUCUGUGCCCUCUAGGCCAUCCUGCAACUCUGCAGGACCCUCAUGUAAGCAAGAACUCCCAGUGGAACUGCAGUGUGAAGAUGAGGAAACUUAUGAAACCUGCAACCAGAAACAGUGUGAGACCACCACAGGGAUCUUUGUCAACUCCAGCACUAAUUUUGACUUACAGUGUGAGGGUGAAGAUUUAGAACUAUCUUUCUCUGACAACCCACAAAAAGCACAGGGAGAGCUUAGUGAGGGUGACGAAAACAUCAUCUGCAUUAAUACAUUUGAUGAAGACCUUGAGUCUAUCUCCAAGAAAGAGAUCCUUUACCGAUGUAGGAAGUGUGGCACAUCUUUCCAGGAUCCAGCUAGACUACAGGAACACAGACAGAUCCAUAUAGCUGAAAAUUCCUACUCCUGCCCCAUCUGUGGCAAAGAAUUCUUUCGUGCUGCUAAUUUGCACAUGCACAAGUUGAUCCACUCUAGUGAUAGGCCACAUAAAUGCCCUGAAUGUGAUAAAGGAUUCAUAUGUACAGCGGAUGUAUGGCGACAUCUACGAAAUGUUCACAAGAUUGAACACUCCAAGGUGGUUUUAGGAAAUGGUACUAUGAAGUCCCUCUGGUCUGCAAAUCACCAAAAUGAACAUGAGGCUGAUCCAGAUAAUCAGAGUCCAGAUGACCGAAAGCCAGAAGGGGAGGAACUCAGACCUUAUGUCUGUCAAAUCUGUGGUAAGGGGUUUCGCAAACCAAACCUACUUUCCAAACACAAAGUAAUCCACAGGCAGGAAAAACCAUACAUAUGCCAGGAAUGUGGCAUGGCCUUUAUCCAGCUCCUCAGGUUGAAAAGGCAUCAACAAACACACUCGGGAGAGCGUCCUUUCUACUGUGAUGAGUGUGGUGGAACCUUUACCCGAUUAUCAUCGCUACAGCGCCAUCAACGUAUUCAUACUGGAGAGAAGCCGUACUCUUGUGUUUAUUGUGGUCAUUCCUUUACUGAGUCAGGCACUAUGAGAAGGCAUGAACGUACACACAAAUUGGGAAAAGAAUAGUGGCCAUAUUAAUUUUUACCUCUUUUUUCAUAUAAAUCAAGACCUAUUCACUAGGACAGACUUUCCAAUCUACUCACAAGAAACUUAGUCCAAUACUUCUUCCUUACUGUACUCUCCCACCCAAACUUAUGGAUGCCAUUUUUGUCUUAGAAAUGAUCCGGGGGCAGCUAGGUGGCACAGUGAGGAGAGCACUGGCCCUGGAGUAAGGAGGACCUGAGUUCAAAUGCGGUCUCAGACACUUGACACACUUAUUAGCUAUGUGACCUUGGGCAAGUCACUUAACCCCAAUUGCCCUGUCUUCCCCGAUUAAAAAAAAAUGAUCCAAUAGUUUCUGCCAAAAAAAAAAAAGCCUUAUCCAGUAUUGAACUAAAACCUUACAUUUCUACCCAUAAGUGAAAGAAAUAAAAAUACCAUUUUUUACUGACUUUUGUCUGUAGUGGGCAGAAUUCCUUUCAAAACAUUUAUCACCCUAAUUUGGGACUUUUUAAAAGAUACAUCUGAUUGGUCUUUUUGAAGACUGCAUCUUAAAUGAAAUCUUAAAAUGAACUAGUUGUAAGCUCAUUGCAGCCUUCUGUCCUGUUCUGUGUUUAAAACUGCAAGUACAGCCUUCUUCCAAGCCAACAGAGUUGAGAAAAUCUGGGUCAUCUUUGUUAUCCCUGGCGUUUUGUUUUAACAAAAGACUUUAUUUUGGAAGGAAAAAAAUGUAUGUUGUAAAAUCGGGUCCCUAAUAAACUGGACAAUAAUUGCUAA